GACGGAGCUGACAGUGGACGGAGCAACAACUUCCAGCACCAACACCCAACAGUGUCGGUUUCAAGCCAAGUGCCGCGCGGAGGUGGAGGAGGAAUAGCUCUGCUGCUGCUCUUGCCCAACCGUUGUGUUCACUGUCUAGCUGUGUUUGUGUUUGUGCGCGCUCGUAUUGGUAGAUAAUAAAUUCAGUGUGGUGAGAAGCGGGUGUGCACAGCCUCACCCUCCACGUGUCAUAGCCGCCGUCCAUCUUUCGUGUGCCUGCUGGAAGAAGGUGUACCCUUCAAGGCCUACUUGGAGGAAAAAGGGUUUUCGCCGCACGAGCUGUUCUGACACGGGGCUCGGAAGUAACUUGGAAAGUAACCGCACCGCUAGUAACUUAUGUAAUGGUCGUCGUGACGAGUCCGGAGUGUGGUGUUUGAAGGGUUUCCCGGGGAAGUUCUCCAGAAGGAAAAACCAAGCUCCUUUGGUGGGUGGGUGUGAACCCAGUCCGGCCAAAAGCUCUCCUGGAGCGAGUGUGUGAGCGUGCGGGCUCGUGUGUCAUUGUUUGAAGAAACGCACAGUAGGCGCUGCGCGCUAGGCGUGGUGUAUAUGCAGUUACGAGGUCGGACUUGAGAAUCCGAGUGAUGGAGUGACGUACGGCACACAGAAGAAGAAGCGAGCGGGUGUGCGUGUGUGCGAGUCUGUGAUAAGAAGAUUAGCUCGAGCUUCGGGUUUUUUUUUCGACAAAGAAGGCGGAAGUUUGCGCGAGCAGUGCCGAAAAGUGUCAGUGUCGUAGUGUGCGUAGCAGUGCCGAGAAGAACAAUGGAUAAGUCUGGCGAAGGAGGUGGCGGUGGGAGUGGGGAUUCGCGGGACGGCGGGCCGUCCCCGUCGACCUCGUCUGGCCCAUCGAUUGGGUGUGGCUCGGCCAGAACCAGUUCCAGCUCCGGCAGCGCGUCCGCCGUCGUUAGCCCGAUGACGCUGAACGUGACCACCACGACCGGCGGCAGCUUCUCCGUCGUCGUGGACGGCGAAAACUCGGUCGAAAACCUGAAGAAAAUUAUAUCGAAAAAGCUGAAAGUCUCCAAGGACCGUAUCUGUUUGCUGCACCGCGAGAGGGAACUUCACGACGGAUCGCUGCGCGAUAAUGGUCUCAUGGACGGGUCAAAGUUGAUUCUGACACCGAACGUCGAGACGGGGUUGUUGGCCCAGCGCGCUGAAAACACGGUCAUGCAGGCGCUGGAAUCCCUCAACGACAACCAGGUCAACGACUUCCUGAGCGGCAAAUCGCCGCUCAAUCUGAGCGUCCGCCUCGGCGACCACAUGAUGCUGAUUCAGCUUCAGCUGAGCACCCUGAAUCCCUCGUCCGCCAGCGGGAGUCGGUCCAAGACGCACAAAAGCCGAACGGCCAUUACGGCGGGCGGGUCGUCCAGUUCCGCGGCGGGCAGUUCCGGAUCUUCCGGGGUUGCGAGCGGCUCCCGAAGAACCGCCGGCAGCAUUCCGAUUGGAUUCAGGAGGGUGGCUGAAAGUCGAAGUUUGGUGGAACGGGUCGGCGAGAGUCAAACGCUGACGAGGCAGGACAUCGAGAACAUCCACAGCAUCGUGAAGAACCUGGCCGAGAGUGAUAACCCGACGGUGGCCAGCGUGGUUGAGAGCGAGGUGUCCGGCGAGCAGUCCCCGAUCAAGUCACUGUCGAACCUGGUGUCCAGUUCGAUCAACACGAACAACAACCCGGAACUAACCUGUACGGAUCCGAUCAGCGCCAACCUGACCUCGUGUCUGUGCAAACGACUGGACUCCAACGACAACCACUCGUGCGAGUCCAACUGCCGCGCCGCCCCGGAACCUCAACCCUCAACCUCCUCCUCGUCAACCCUGCACCGAACCGCACAAAACCCGAUCGCCCGCCACAAGUCCAAGCUUCAAACGCUCAAGAAGCACAUCAGCUUCGAAAGCAGCAGCAGCAGCGCGGUCACGCGGAUAGAACCGGACCAGGUUCACCCGGUGUCCGCGCCCAGCUCGCCCCAACCCGGCCCCAGCCGUGUCCUCGACCCCAACUCCGUCGUCGAGAACCCCGCCCUGGCGGAAGCGUCCCGCAACCUGACGCAAACCCUGCGCAAACUCUCCAAGCGCGUCUUCACCAGCAGCUCCGGCAGCAACAAGACCUCCUCCUCCGACGCCCAAACGUCUGCGGCGCAAGCCGCUCAAGACGCGGCGGCGGCAGCGGCCGCUCGCAGUUCGGCCGUCAACUCCGGCGCCGUCAUCGAGUCGAUGAAGCACCACGGCAAGGGCAUCUACUCGGGGACGUUUUCGGGCACGCUGAACCCGGCCCUGCAGGACAAGUUUGGCCGGCCCAAGCGCGACAUCUCCACCAUCAUUCACAUCCUGAACGACCUGCUGAGUGCGGCGCCGCAGUGUGCGAGGUCCGGCACGAAGAUCUACUUUGAGCCGUCGUCGACGGCGGCUGCCGGUGGGACGCAGGGCGGAAGUGGAAGCGGGUCGGCGGGGCAGGGAAGUAGUGGAAGUGGAGGAGCGGCGACGUUUACGACGCCGGUGGCCGCGCCGAGUCCGAGGCUGGUGUCGCGAUGUAUGCCGACGCCGAUCCAGACCAAAAAGUUCCCCAGCAACGGAACCAUCACAAGCCAUCAGCACCACCAGCAGAGGGUGGCGACAUCGUCGCCGCCGACCUCCCCCGCCGUUAAAAUCCAGUGCAAGUGUGGCCACCCGCUGCUGACCCCGACCGGCCCGGCCAGCCAGUGCCAGCGGUGCGCGUCCGAGCUGGAAAACUCCAAGACCAAAUCCAAGCUGGACAGCCUCCGGCUGAUAAUGCAGCAAAAGAAGGAGCGCCGCGAGGCGCGGAAGCAAAAGUGCGCCCCCUACCCGGUGACCACUCCGACCCUGGUCUUGCCACCACCGCCGACGGCGGCCAGUGGGUCGCUCCGACAGGCGGCGCCGCCCACCCCCGCUCCCAUUCCCAGCAGCGCGCCGGCAGCCAUUGUUGGCGAGCCGUCGAGCAGCAGCAGUUCGCAGGCCGCUGGAUCGGCCACUGCGACGGCGACGGCCACGGCGGCUGCAACGACGGAGGCGGCGGCCGCGGCCGCCCAAAGCCACCAGCUCGUGGAGGAGGUCGAUACCGUCGCGUAAGGUGUUUGCUCUCGCACUCGAAGUAGGCACUGCAAAAACAUGAGCUGAAGCUGAGAGGAGAGAGAGAAAAAGGGGUUUUGGGAACGGAACGAAACUGUUUCUCUCUUUGAUAGAGCGCGAGUAGGCGGUGAAGGGAGAGAUAAAGAGAGUGAAGGGGAACUCACUCUCUGGGGUUCUCUCUCUCUCUCUCUCUGUUGGGAGGUUGUGAUGGUGUGAGUUUUUGUGCGAGAGAAUCUUGCUUGUGGAAAGGCUGAGUUUUGACUCUCUUUUUCUUUCUGUGAUGCUCAAAUUUACUCAAAUGAAUGAUGAUUGUUUGAGUCAGCACCAUCUGGUGGUGAGCAUUUGUUUUGUUGUUAUAUCAGGGCCAACAAUAUUUUGGUUAUGGAUUUUGUCUCAUUGAAAAUCUUCAAUUUAAUAAACUAGAAGUCAAUCGGUAAAAAACAAUUCAAAAUAGUCUACAUGUCACUGUGCAGAAUCACUAAUUCGAAUUUCACUACUUCAAAUGCCUGGUAGUUCGAACGUCAAAACAUGUAGACUAAUUUAUGUUUACAUUGUUCGACGACUUCUGAGCACGUUUUGUGGUUCUUUUGAUCAGUUUCAUUUGAAUUGUAAAAUUUGCGUUUUUUUUUAAAUAUUGGAUCAACUGAAAAACUUUAAAGCUUCAUUUAAAAAAAAUGAUUUUUGUUUUGAUAAAAAAAAUCUUUGUACAUUUGAAAUUAAGAGGCAGAUUCUCUAGCAUUUCAAACAAAUUUUAAAUUUUUUUUACGAUCUUUAAAAUGAUUCCAUCACGAAUGUUACCCUUUUGGGAAAUUACCCGAGAUGUUGUCCUAAGGUUUCCGCUUAGGACUCUCCGAACAGAGAGCAUUUGUUAACUUGAAUAACACAACCAAAUUUUACGAGAAAAACUAUUUUUGACCACUUCGAUCAACUGACGAAAAUUACAACAAUCAUUUGAUUCAAAAUUGUCUCAUUUGUUUAAUUGAAGCAGUUAUUAGACUAUGACAAACAAACACACUCGCACUUUUUGACAGUUUGGCAGUUUGUCUGUUUUGUUUGUUUGCAGGAACGUCAGCCUGCAUACAUUUAGAAUUUUGCAAGUUUGCGAAAAAAAGCGAGUUUGUUUGCUUGUCAUAGUCUAAUACCUGCUUAACAGAUAAAUUUUGACGUUUGAACGCUUUUGAGUUCAAAUGCGAUGCAAAUUUAAUAACGCUUCCCUGUGGAUUUCGGACAUUCAGUGACAAUAUCAGUGUCUUGGUGUUGGAUUUUAGGUCAAAGUGAACCGAUGCUGGACAUAAGAGCUCCGUUUUGGACAACACUGUCCCUGAUUUUUUGGAUCUUGAGAAAAGAGAGCUCUCUUUUUGGACUUUGAGCAUGAAAAUUUUGGACAUUAGGACGUUGGUAUUGGACAUUAGGGUAAACAGCCCUGGUUUUGGAUAUUUGUUUUCAGAUAAAGAGCUCUUAUUUUUGACAUUAGAACAAUGAAAUUGGACAUUAGGGGAAAGUGAAUAUUUUUUUAGAAAAAGAGCUCUCAUUUUAGACAUUAGGACAAAAAAAUGACAUUAGGGAAAGUGCCCUGUUUUUGGAUAUUUUUUUUUAGGUCAAGAGCUUUGAUAUAGGACAUUAGAACAAAAAUAUUUUAUUUCAGGGUUUGUUUUGAAAAUAUUUUUAAAAAUAAAGAGCUCUGAUUUUGAACAUAAUGACAAUGAUUUUGGACAUUAGGGUGAAGAGCCCUGUUUUUGGAUAUUUUUUUCAGAUUAAAACUCUGAUUUUGGACAUUAGGACAAUGAUAUUGGAAAUUAAGGUACAAAGCCCUGUUUGUGGAUAUUUUCCAGAUAAAUAGUUUUGAUUUUGGACAUUAGGGUAAAGAGCCCUGUUUUUGGAUUUUUUUGUUCAGAUAAAGAUCCUGAUAUUGGUGAUUAGGGUAAAGAGCCAUGUUUUUGGAUUUUUUUAGAUAAAGAGAUCUGGCUUUGGACAUUAGGGUAAAUAGCCUUGUUUUUGGAAUUUUUUUUCAGAUAAAUAAAAAAAGGGGUAAAGUUCCCUGUUUUUUUUUAUUUAUUUUUUUAUAAAGAGCUCUGAUUUUGGACAAUCGGGUAAGAGCCCUAUUUUUGGAUAUUUUUUCAGAUAAAAUUCUGAUUUUGGACAUUAUGGUAAAGAGCCCUGUUUUUGGACUAUUUUUCAGAUAAAUAAUUUUGAUUUUGGACAUCCGGAAAAUGAUAUUGGACUUUAGGGUAAAGAGCCCUGAUUUUAAGUUUUCUUUUUAGAUAAAGAGCUCUGAUUUUGGACAUAAGGGUAAAGAGCCCUGUUAUUGGAUAUAAAAUUGGAUAUAAAUAGCCCUGUUUUUGGACAUUUUUUUCAUAUAAAUAAUUUUCAAUUUGGACAUUAGGACAAUGAUAUUGGACAUUAGGGUAAAGUUCCCUUUUUUUAUUAUUUUUUAUAUAAAGAGCUCUGAUUUUGGACAUAAGCAUACAGAGUCCUAUUUUUGGAUAUUUUUUUCAGAUAAAAACUCUAAUUUUGGACAUUAGGGUAAAGAGUCCUGUUUUUGAACAUUUUUUCAUAUAAAUAAUUUUGAAUUUGGACAUUAGGACAAUGAUAUUGGACUUCAGGGUAAAGAGCCCUGAUUUUGAGUAUUCUUUUUAGAUAAAGAGCUCUGAUUUUGGACAUUAGGGUAAAGAGCCCUGUUAUUGGAUAUAAAAAUUGGAUAUAAAUAGCCCUGUUUUUGGACAUUUUUUCAUUUAAAUAAUUUUGAAUUUGUACAUUAGGACAA